CAACUUCAUAACGUAACCUAAUACAGUUAAAACUAGUUUGUUUUUAGCAGACAGAUUUCUUUAAAAUUUGUAAAAUAUUAUUUUUUUAUUUGAAUACAUUUUAUCGCAGACGUUGCGUAGUACGUGUGAUUUGUUUUUAUAACUUUAAAGAAGUCUUAUGAUGGGGGAUGAUACAAACCGCAAUAACGAUGGAUCCGAUCCGGAAUUCAAUCCGGUGGAAAUAAUAGUUGAGAUCAUCGAAAGCUUGCUGUACUCGAGUGUUUUGCAAUGUCAGCGACGUCAACUCCAAGUGGAAUGGGCUGUUAAUCGUUCGAUUCUCUGUAUAGACGAUUAUAGUAUCACAAGGAACGAAAAUCUGGAAGCUUCAGUGCAAAUUUGGAAGGGCAAGGUCACUGUUUGGUGUCUUCCCUCAAUUUGUCAAUUGUUUUGCCAAUAUUUUGUUCGCCAAAUUUUUCCGGUGAAUGUUUUUCGCGAGGGAUCUGAACUUACUGCCGUGGGUUUUCGAUGGAUCAUAUUAUACUUGCUACGCAAGCUGAUGCUUUACUUUCUGGCUGUAUUUCGGGGAACUAAAUAUCUGAAAAUGCACAUCAUAUUAAGUAUGUUGGGGCUAAAUGCUUUGGUUGUUAAUUUUGAAGUGGAGCUACUAUUUGUUCGCCAUGAGAGAUCCAAGCUAAUGCCAGAAUUUAAAGUGUGCUUGAGGGUCACUAUACUGCCAGUUGCGAUUUUAAAAGCAAUGAUCGCUUUGAAAAGCAUUAACUGCUUUGAUCGCAUUGAUGCCCGUUUUUGUGUCUAUACGGCAUAUAUUAAGAAGACGAUUAACAAUGCCAUUUCUGUGGCGCAUAUGGGACAGAUGAUAUGUAGUCCUCGCUGGGAAUUGGUUAUAUCGCGAAAUUGGUUAUUCGACGAAGCGUAUCCUUUUGGCCAUAAUUAUGAAUUGCAGAGGGCUCAAAGGACCUGGUAUCGCCUAAUGGGUUUUAGGCCCUUUAGUCGACCAGUUGACCGUAUGGAGACCAUCGUGGAGGUUUCUGAGGAGGAGGAGAAAAAGGAGGAAGAGAAAAAGGAGGAGGAGAAAAAGGAGGAAGAGCAAGCAAAAGCACCAGAGGAUUUCAGUCCAGUGAACCCACAACAAUCAAGGGAAGAACACUUGACGGCAAUGGCACGUAUACAGGAGCAACUCGAUUCAUUGAUGUUGCAGGCAUUCGACUUUACCAGACAAUCCGAUCGCGUGGAUCGCUUCAAUAUGAUGUGGUAUAAUGACCCAGAUGUGUCGUCGGAAUCUAAUGAUAAUGCGGAACUAUUGAGCGAUACAAGCGAGGAAUUUAUAGCAAUGCCACUUUGGCCCUUACAUAUCCCAAAUCGAGGCCCGAUGGUUGAUAUAGAAUCGCGAGACCAUAAUAGUGAUAAUGAAAGUGAGAACGAUAGCUAUUUGAGUCAGUUGCAACGCAUUUGCGAGGAAAGGCAGCUGGUCGCUGAGGAAACUGAGAGUCCCCAACCCGAAGAAGAAGAAGAAGAAAUAAUACCUACCGAGGAUCAGGUGCAACCCUUGGAAUCCCUUGUGCAGCAAACCGAUCGACUGAUCCAUCAACUCCAGAGGAGAUUCUAGUGCCCCAUCCGUCCCUUUUAAAUUUUAGUAUUUUAUGAUUAUUUGGAGUUACAAAUAUUAAAUAUCAAUUGACAAUGUGGCAAAAUUUCAUCCAGGAAUUGAUACCACUUUUUCAAGAAUAUAAAAUAUUUAUGAAGGUUAUUGAUUUCGACACCUCAACUAAUAAAUGGCAGUCUCUAAGAGAUUUUUAUA